AUGGCGGACAUAGCUGAGACUGUUAGUCAACCCCAAGACAGCGACAAGCCAUCAGAAUCGAAGAGCUCCGAAAGUAUAGCGCAAAAUAUCGCCUCUGCAGCAUUACAAGGAGGAGAAAUACUAGCUGCGCAGCAACAACUAGUAUACAUUCCUCAACAGCAGCAGCAGGUACAGCAGCAGUCCACGCAGGCAACACAGACAAUGACAAUCAUGAACAACCAAUUCGUUCCAGUCUCCACCAGCCCUGUUCAGGUUCCUACUUCGGCGGCAUCUCCAGUCCCCGUCGUACUUCCGCAAGUUCAAAUAUCCGUACAUAGUCAACCAACAGCUGUUAGUGCACCAGGGAGUAUCGUUCAGAAGCAAGCGUCAGUUCUUAAGGAAGAGAAGAAAAACGAUGCAGUGAACAAGCUCGAAAAACCUGAAUUAUCAUCCGCACAGAUCGCUGCCGUAAAACCCCACGACCCGAAGAAGCCCCUGACUACAUCUACGCAAUUACAAACUAACGCGAACACGAACCCAAAUACGGCUACAAUGCAGAGCAGAGAUCGAGGGUGCGGACUCUGCACUGCAAUCAAGAAAUUAUUUCAGGGAAUGACAGAGGCCGAAAACAACGACAACAAGAAGGAUGACAACCAGACCAAUACGGCGAACAAUGGUACUCAAGACAACAACACGGGCGGUCAGUCACUGGGGAAUAAUACAAUGAAAAUGGUCAUGCAAGCCGUGAUGCCGGCCCCAGGUCCCGCUGCUCAGAAUACGACUUCCUACUCAAGUCCUCUUACGGCAAACGAUAAUAAUACAACAACCAAUGCUUCGAAUGACCAAGGAGUCAACGCUAUCGCCACAAACAUGACGAUACCGAAUACGGUACAGGUGUCUUCCGGAGACACUUCAGCGUCUCCUAACUUGUUUUACAUGAUCCCCAGCUCAGGACAGCCGCAAACAGAAUAUCUGAUGACGGUACAGCAACCGCUGACGGUUGUGGGCUCUCCUCAGGUGGCGGUGGUUCCUGCGGUUGAUUCGGAGGUCACAACUAAUCAAGCUAUUAUGGAUGGAACUAAUAUGGAUAGUGGUGGGUUUAAUGAGGAAGAAGAAGGAUAUCUAGUUGACGAUGAGGAUGACGAUGGCACGAACGAUUAUGUGGAUUAG